GUCCAGCACCUACCGUGACCUGCGGAAGGGCGUGUAUGUGCCCUACACCCAGGGCAAGUGGGAAGGGGAGCUGGGCACCGACCUUGUCACCAUCCCCCACGGCCCCAAUGUCACCGUCAGAGCCAACAUCGCUGCCAUCACGGAGUCGGACAAAUUCUUCAUCAACGGCUCCAACUUGGCAGGGGUCCUGNNNNCCACCUCUGCUUUCUCCCGCCAGCCUGAUGACAGCCUGGAGCCCUUCUUUGACUCCCUGGUGAAGCAGACCCGGGUGCCCAACAUCUUCUCCCUCCAGCUUUGCGGAGCUGGCUUCUCACCAAACGAGACGGAGGCCGUGGCCUCGGUGGGGGGCAGCAUGAUCAUCGGUGGCAUCGACCGCUCGCUGUACGUGGGUGACAUCUGGUACACGCCCAUCCGGAAGGAGUGGUACUACGAGGUCAUCAUCGUCAAGCUGGAGGUCAACGGGCAGGACCUGAACAUGGACUGCAAGGAGUGGUACUACGAGGUCAUCAUCGUNGACAGCGGGACCACCAACCUCAGGCUGCCGAAGAAGGUGUUUGAGGCUGCGGUGAAAUCCAUCAAAACAGCUUCUUCGACGGAGAAGUUCCCGGACGGCUUCUGGCUUGGGGAGCAUCUAUUUGCCGUCAGUGCCUGCCACGUGCAUGACGAGUUCCGGACGGCCGCAGUGGAGGGGCCCUACCUGCACUCCAACAUGGAGGACUGUGGCUACAACAUCCCGCAGACGGACGAGUCCACCC